GGCCAGGGAGCAUGUCGUUCACAACGAUUCUGUUAAUCACGACAUCCAGAAAGUUGUCAAAGUCGGACCGAUCUCCAUUAUCUCCGGGCUGGUUCAUAGAUUCGGUCGCGUGGUCGGUGCCCCAGAGGUCAUGUAACAGCAGCUGGAACUUGCCUCCGUACUUGCGGACGGUUUUGUAGUUGCUCAGCGCCGAGUCCCAGCGCCCAUCAAGCUCGCCCCAGACCUAUACACGGUUGGCUGCGCCCAUUGGUGCACUGCC